UCGCUGAGGGCCGCGCCAUGGAGGCGGCGGACGGCGAAGAGCGGCUCCUGCUCACCCAGAGGCUGAAGGCUGCGGUUCACUACACGGUUGGCUGCUUGUGUCAGGAUGUUGCAGAAGACAAAGACGUGCAAUUCAGCAAACAAACCAUUGCAGCUAUUUCAGAGAUCACCUUCAGGCAGUGUGAGAACUUUGCAAAAGACCUCGAAAUGUUUGCAAGGCAUGCAAAACGAAGCACAGUCACUACAGAAGAUGUGAAGCUUUUGGCUAGAAGGAGCAAUUCUUUGCUAAAGUAUAUCACCCAGAAGAGUGAAGAGCUUGCAUCAAGUAACAUGGAGCAAAAGGAGAAGAAGAAAAAGAAGUCCAGUGCCGCUAAGGGUGGGAGAACUUUUGGGGAACAAGAAGCAGCUGUGACUGAAAGUGAAGAUUCCAACAUGGCAUGAUUUACCUUUCAAGUAAUGUCUCUGGUCAUUUUCUCUUAUUAUCCUAGAGGAACCAAAGAUAGCCUAUUAGAGAUUCCUCUUGCAAAUUAGCAACAGUAAUGAAUCUUUAGAUUUUUAGGUGAACAUGAUUAGUUGGAUUUUUUUGUUCCAAAAAUGAAAGGUUUGUCAGAAUUCAGUAAAGCUUACAGCCAAAAUGCCUUAAUUGCUCACAAAAAGGUAUCUUACUGUUAUUAAAAAGAAAAUCCUUUAAAUAAAGAGUUUAA